GAAAGAUUCAAUCAAACAAUACAAUUAAACUUCUCCUCCAAGUUCUCUUUCUCUCUAUCAUCUCAUCACACCACCAUCAUCGUUUAUCAUCAUCAUCACACGGACUCAGCAUCUUCGAGUUGAUCUCUCUACCAUUUUAGAUCGCCUUCUAGACCUGUACUCACCGAUCUUCGGAUCCUUGGUGGAUUUCUAGAUUGGAGCUCCAUCUCACUGACUUUCCUGUUUCAGAGCUCCCGAAAAAAAAAUCCCCAAUUCGAAGAACUCCGAGCACGAAAAGGACUUUACGCGAGGUGCUAGGUGUAUUGUGUGUUAAGAGCUGCUCUACUGAGAUCAUCUGAAGAAUAAGUAAGAGCUGUAAAAUGAGCUUUCAAUCUUCUGAAGACGUAUGCAGUGCCUGUUAAUUAGUGCUAGUUGCAAGAAGAACCACGAAGGUUUAUUAGGGAAAUAACAUGAAUUUUCAGGCUCACAUGUCGGGACAACUAUCUGGGCAGGAUACAAAUCAAGGGACAGUCUCGCAGAAUAACGGGAACUCUCAAAUGCACAACUUAGCUGGUGCUGGUGGUGGCGAAGGGCCUUCUCGUAGCACCGUUGGUCCCAUCGACCAUGAUAUUCUAAGACUUCGACAGUAUAUGCAAAUCCUAGUCUUUAACGUUUUAAAGCAAAAACAACCACCUCCGGAUGAUGCUGCAUCAAAGGCAAAGUAUAUGGAUGUUGCUAGGCGCUUAGAGGAGGGGCUGUUUAAGACGGCUAUCUCAAAGGAGGAUUACUUGAACGAGUCAACCCUUGAGUCUCGCCUUGGAAGCCUAAUAAAAGGCAGACAGUUGAAAAACUCCAAUCAGGGACAUACUAAUUCUUCUAUGGUUGGAACGAUGGCACCUACGACUACAGGAUUAUCACACGCUGGGGGUAAUUCUAGUUCGAUGGUUACGUCCUCUGCUUGUGCUAGUGUUGGUUUAGGGCCUUCACCUAACACCUCUGGUCCCAUGGACCAUGAUGUUUUGGAACUCCGACAGUACAUGCGAACCCUUGUCUUCAACGAGUUAGAUAAGCGCCGACCAUGUCCAGCCGAUGCUGCAUCAGAUGCUAAGUUCUUAGAUAUUGCUAGGCACUUAGAGGAGGGUCUUUUUCAAAUGGCAAACACAAGGGAGGAUUACCUUAACCAGUCGACCCUUGUUUCUCGCUUGGCAGCCUUAAUAAGCCGCAGAAUACCGAAUAACCAGCAAAAUGCUAAUUCAUCUCCGCCUGGAACAAUGACUACACUCGCUCCUGAAGUUUCUCCUAUGCAGGUAAGAGAGAAGCUUCCUGAGAACGAAGAUGAGUUGGAGACAGAGAUCACCGAGAAUCUGAAGUCCAUGAGCCUUUACAGCUGAACAUGAUCCGAAGUUUUUUCAUUACUUCUAUUACAAGCAAUAAUAAGAUCAUCAUAUAAGAAUAAGAUCAGCAUUUGCACUGUUACUAUAUUGAUGCUGCUUGUAUAUACAUACCAGUGAUAAACCGGGUUUUGAUUUGUUCUCUGUUUGAGCGUGGGAUAUGAUUAUCAAAUUUGAAUGGUUUUGUUACUCUCA